UAAUCGACCAAGGAGAAAAUACCAGCGUGAAAUGAGGUGCUUACUCUCAGUUAUCUUAGCCGUCCUCUUGAUCACGGCAGACGGCAAGGUUGUACCAAAUAGUGAUGUCGAAAAUCAGCAGACUGACACGCAACCUCUUCAAUUGUCCGAUCAUAUCAAAGAGGCGCAAGAUGUUAUUAAGAACUUGGGCACUCAGAUUCAACAGCAGCUAAACUUGCCAAACCAACAGGAGUUCCUCGAUACUUUUAAGGAGCAAAGCAGCAACUUACUCAACAAUGUCCAGACGUACCUCAAGAACAUGUCUGAUGAGAUCAAGACGAAGAGGCCUGGGUUGGAGGACUUUUGGACAAAUAUGAACAACAAACUGUCCGAAACGUUCAACAAUUUCAACUUCAAUCCUGAAACAACGGAGCAGAUAAAUCAGCUGCGUACCAAGUUUCAAGAGGGUGUUCAGACUCUCGUGACAGAAUCAGAGAACGCUGCUAAGACCAUCAACGAGAAUUCUAGCAAGGUUCAGGAAGGUAUCGCCAAGUUUACCAAACAAGCGAUCGACAUCGCCGUGCAGGCUUCGCAGAACUUGAGUAAUCAGUUGCAGCAGGCCACGACACCACAACCAGAAAAUUAAGGACUCCAAAUUAUUCCUACAAAUUAUUAGUAUGAGUGAUAUCUUGGAUAAAUUCGCGAGAGAUCAAAUUUCGCCAAAUCUGCGUAAUUUUCGUGUCGUGUUGUAAACAUACUUGAUAGCUGACGAAUAAUUAAUAAAAGUACUUAAUCGUUAUAACA